AUGAGUACUCAUCUAUCUGAACCAUCAUCAUCAACAACGACCGUUGAUGAAACAAUAAGUAAUACAACAACUACAACAACAACAAAGAGAAAAAGAAAUAAAGGUGUAUUUACAUUUAAGAAUUAUUCAAUUCAUCAAGAACAUUCAGGACAAAAAGUUGGUACGGAUGCAUUAUUAGUAGUUGGAUAUACAUCUAUAGCUAAAUUUAAACAAACCAAUAUUGAUAAUAGUGAAACUGCAAAUAAUAAGUUGGAUGAAUUAGUUUGGAGUAAUAAGACAUAUGAUUAUAAUAUUGGUUUAAAUAAUAUUAGACAACAUGUUGAUGAACCAGGCGAACAAUGGCCAAGAGAGAUUUUGGAUAUUGGUACUGGCUCUGGUGUUUUGUCUAUAAUGUUGGCCGAUAGAUUCAAACAUUCGCUUGUAAACUCUAUCGAUAUCGAUGAGUCUGCCAUUAAACAAGCAUCGAUCAACGUCGACAAUAUCUAUCAACAACAACAGGAAAAGUUAAAAUCUGAUGAAUAUUCAUCGGUCGAUGACAAGGAAGAAGAAAAUUGGGCAAAGAAUAUUUAUCUAUUUCAUACUCCUAUUCAACAAUUUAUGCCAGACACUACAAAAACCGUUGAAUUGGAGAAAAAUAAUUUGGAAAAGACUAAAGAUUCAAAUGUUUUAUCGGUACCAAACGAUGGUAAAUACGAUCUAAUCAUUAGUGCUCCACCCUAUUUCCCAACCGAUGUUAAAAUUGAUCAUUUUGUAUCAAAUAUGCCAACCAAUAGAAGAAUAGCUCGUCACACUCAUACUCUAACAAUGGAUGAAUUGGUUGAAAAUGUUAAACGACUAUUAAGAUCGGAACAAAGUAUCUUUAAUACUAUUGUUUCUGUUCCUCAUCCAUCACAAGAAUUGGAAGAGGCUGCCAUUAAACAUGGUUUUCAUUGUUUGGAAAGAAUUGAUGUUACAGAUUGUCCUGGUAGUAAAAUUAUUAGAAAAAUGUAUACUUUUAAAUUAAUCAAAAAAGAAAAUGAAAAGGUAGAAGAAAAAGAUGAAAAGGAAGAAGUAAAAGAGGAAGAAAAGAAAGAAGAAGUAAAAGAAAAAGAGAAAGAAGAAAUAAUAAAGUAUGUCAAUUUAUGA